AGAGCAUUCAUCUCAACUAUCAUUUCAUAUUGACAUCCCAACUACUUUAGGCUUAUGUAAUCUUCCUUAGCUGGCUUUGAUAUUUCUGUGUUCUUUUUAUUGGAGCAUCGAUUUGACAGUAAUCGCAGUCGCCUCGUCGAAGUAUUUAUGUAUAUGGUAAAAACCUAGCUGUUUUUUUUAUUUGUUUUUUGUUAAAGUUUCCUAUCUGCUGGUGCACAAAAGCAAAGCUUUUAUACAAAAUCCAAAGCAAUUUAAACCAAAGCGAGGCAGCAACAAAAAUAAAACAUGUCGGAGCCGGCAUCGAUCUGUCACAAGUGCAAUGAGGUCAUACAGCAGCGCAUCAUUACGGCACUGGGCAAAACCUGGCAUCCGGAGCACUUUGCCUGCAAGGACUGCCAGCGUCCCAUCACCGAGGCAACAUUCAACAUACAGAGCGGGGAGCCGGUCUGCUCCGAUUGCUUUGUGAGCAACUACUCGGGCACCUGUUUCGGCUGCAAGCAACCCAUCUUGGAGCGCACCAUCAAGGCCAUGGAGCAGUCGUGGCACGAGGAGUGCUUUGUAUGCGCCGGUCCAUGCAAGAAGCCGCUGGUGGGCACCUCAUUCUACGAGCGGGACGGUCGACCCUACUGUCGCAUCGACUUUGAGCAGCUGUUCGCGGCCCGCUGUGCCGGCUGCACUCUGCCCAUAACGGAGAAUGCCAUUGUGGCGCUCAACGCCAAGUGGCAUCGGGAUUGCUUCAAGUGCAAGAAGUGCCUGACGCCCAUUACGGCCAGCACGUUCGCAGUGGAGGAUAAUAAGCCGAUGUGCACGGCCUGUUCGGAGUAGGCUGGAAGGCCCGGGCACCCCUCUGCACAGUCAGACGGACGACCGGACGGACGCACGCACAACAUGUAUAUUAUAGAUGUUUAUGGUAUUUGUAGUAUUCGCAGUUGUUGAACAAAGCUAUAACGUAACACAACUAGAAUUUAAACAAAAUAUUCGAAAGGCAACGUUCGAAUCCAAGUUAACAAAAAGGAAAAAGAGUUCCGACUACUCCACAAUAAACACACGCACACACACAUACACACACACACUCGCCACUUGGAGAGUUCCGCCUCCUACUUAACCUUUAGCUGCAUUCGGAUGUACUAAAAUAUAUAGAUAUUUUUUAUUUUUA